AUACAUUAUUUUAUGCACAUUUUGUUGAAUUUAUCCGCAUUUUGCUGUUUCCAUCUAGCAUUUUUUAUGCAAUAUCCAAAAAUGUGCAUUAAAAAUAUGUGGAUGGAAUCCCAGCUAAUAAAAAUUCAAUGCAUCAAAUACGGAAUUCAGUAAUCGUUUAUAAUUGCUAUAAUAAUAUCCAAUAUACUGUAUUACUCUUACAUUUGUUUAAGAAAAUUUACAUUUAAAAAAUUUACAGAAUUACAAUUUUCAAAUUUUUUUAUUUUUCAAAAUAGAAUUUUAAAAUUUUACUCAAUACAUUUUUUACAAUUAAUAAAAUGUUUGAACUGAAUCGUGGCCAAAUGUCAGAUGUCCUGAUGUAGUGUAUCAUUUAGUAAAGAAUCAAAUCAAAUGGAAUCAUUGUCAGGGCAAAAUAUUUACACCCCAACCCCUUACACAUGGUAAAAUCACUGUAAUGCAGAGCUUUUAGCUUGCAUUGUCAAGUUAAACUGUUGUUUUGGUCACAAUCUUGCAGUCCUGCCAUGGUCUAAUACUGUUUCUGAUUGGCUCCUUUUUUGGCUCCUGCUAUUGUUUUUGGCUCACUUAUUUGCAUGAUACUUGAUGACAAUCCACCAUCCCCUCAUUUCCAUCUCUCUGUCUUCAUACUACUGCUCUCUGUCUCUCUAUUUCUCCCCCCCUCUUUCUCUUUCUCCUUCUCCGAGCACGCUCUCAGCUCCCGACUCUAUUUAUAGCACGGUCCUGCCCCUCCCCUGUCGCUCGGCAGCUAUUUCCAGCAGCCUAAUGCAGCUCCAGUCUGUUUGUAAACUCUGCGUCUCUAUACCACUGCUCUCCUGUUCGCCACACACAGCAGGGGAGGGUACAGAGAUUCAGCUUUAAACAAUUACAAAAAACAAAACGCCAAACCUCAGUUACACCAGUCGAAACAACAGUGGAUGGUUCACUUUAAGCCCAUUCAUUUGGAGAUCGAGUUGUGCGGUGCUGUGGCGAGGGCUUUGCCAGGAUUGGCUGGCUUUACUACACGACUCAGUGGACGGCGAGAAGAGAGUAAAAGGAGGGGAAGGAAGAAGGGGACAGGCAGCUAGCCGAUAGAAGUCUCUCAGUGCUCUAUUUUGCGUUCCACUCUAUCUCACUGUUAUGUCCCUUUGAUCUUGUCUUUCCAUGCUUCGUCGCAUUUCGUCAUGGGGAAGUCGCUGUUUUGGAGUGCGGCAAUACUGCAUGCAUAACUUCAGAGAUUUACAGGAUACAGGCACGCUUGGACGGGGGGAGUUGGAUACGAGCCACACUUGGACAUGUCGGCGUGAAUUAGCUGUUUGUUUCUGUAAUAGACGAUUAGACAAGGCAGUGAUGUGGUUUAUGAAUAGAGUCGUUUGUGCAGUCAUACAACUGAUCGCUUAAGCGAACAUUUUGAAGAUUUGUCUACGGCAUUUCCUUCCACGGAGACUAGCUUGCAUUUGUUUAUUUGGAACCAUGGAACUAACAUGCAAAACUGUCAUUUAUUUUCUUGAUGCCUGUACCUUGCAUUAAAAAAGGACAUACAGUUGUUUUCCUUCAAAUGUGUUUGCAUUUUGUACUUUUUUUUUUUUAGUAGUGCACAUGACGGAGAGUGAGCUCUUUUUACAUGUAGAAUUUUUUUGCAUGAAUUGUGUGGUCAUAUUUUGAGACUGGCAUGCUUUUGAAGCCAACUGUACCGGGACUGUGCGCAAUGUUGCAGACGAUCUAUGAGACAGAAUCCUGCUUCUCCUCAGACAGCACAUCCAGCCGAGAGCCUCCCAUAGAGCUGCUACCUCAGUCUAGAAGCACCAGCAUGCCUAGUACCGCUGUGGAUGUGAAGACCUUGCUACCCUCUGGGAUGCAGAGCCCAGUAGGAGGUGGAGGAGAUCAGGGCAGGGGUAGCGGAGUGCCGGUGGACCUGCGAACGGACCCACGUCUGAGUGCGCUGAGCGCGGUGGAUCCGGCACUAAGAGAAAAACAGCUUCAGCACGAGCUGCUCUUACUCAAACAACAACAAGAGCUCCAGAAACAGCUGCUAUUCGCUGAGUUCCAGAAACAGCACGAGGUUUUGACCCGCCAACAUGAAGUGCAGCUACAGGAACAUCUUAAGCAGCAGCAGGAAAUCUUGGCAGCAAAGCAUCAACAGGAGCUGGAGCAGAAGAGGAAGCUGGAACAGCAGCGUCAUGAAGAGAUGGAGAAACAGCGACUGGAACAACAACUCAUCAUGCUACGGAACAAAGAGAAAAGCAAAGAGAGUGCCAUAGCCAGUACUGAGGUCAAACUGAAGCUACAGGAGUUCCUGUUGAGCAAAAAAGAACCCAGCCCCAGUGGACUAAACCAUUCCUUCCCUCAGAAGUGCUGGGGAGGUCAUCAUACGUCCCUGGAGCAGAGCUCCCCUCCACAGAGCAACACACCAGGAACGCCUCCCUCCUACAAGCUCCCUCCACUCCGAGGGGCCUAUGAAGGCAAAGAUGACUUCCCUCUUCGUAAGACCGCCUCUGAGCCCAAUCUGAAGGUACGUUCACGGUUAAAACAGAAGGUGACUGAGAGGAGGAGCAGCCCACUGCUCAGACGGAAAGAUGGUACUGUGAUCAGUACCUUCAAGAAAAGAGCAAUUGAGAUCUCAGUGUCCUCUGUGUGCAGCAGUGCUCCUGGCUCAGGGCCCAGUUCUCCGAACAGCUCUAACAGUGCCAUUGCUGAGAAUGGCUCCAGCGGCUCCGUCCCAAACAUCCACGCUGAGCAGUUACGUUCUCUGCAUCAGUCUAUGACCGGAGAUGGGACACUGAGUCCCCUGAGCCUCUACACCUCUCCAUCUCUGCCCAACAUCUCUCUGGGACUGCCUGCCAAUGCACACAUCACGGCUCCUCAGAAACUCGGGGGCCAGCAGGACGCAGAGCGGCAGGCAAUCCAGAAUUUGCGUCAAGGUGGGGCACUCACGGGGAAAUUUAUCAGCACAUCGUCCCUGCCGACGUGCCUUCCCACAGCGGCACCCCACGACCCUGAGCCCCCUUCCGCUCCUAACAGCCACAGUAGCCAUUCCUCACUGCUCCAGCAUGUACUACUGUUGGAGCAGGCUCGUCAACAGAGUGCACUUCUCACAGUUCCUAUGUAUGGGCAGUCUCCGCUGGUGACAGGUGAGCGGGUGUCCAACAACAUGCGCACAGUGAAUAAGUUGCCUAGGCACCGUCCGCUGAGCCGCACACAGUCAGCGCCCCUACCGCAAACACCGCAGGCCCUGCAGCACCUCGUAAUGCAGCAGCAGCACCAGCACUUCCUAGAGAAACAGAAACACUACCAGCUAAAUAAGAUCCUCUCCAAAGGGGCGGAGCUUCUAAGACAGCCUCCGACUCACCCCGAGGAGACCGAGGAGGAGCUUACGGAAACUGCAGAGAUGUAUGAGGAGCGAGGGGAGGGGCAUGAUCAUGUUAGGGAAGGGCUGCAGAAAGAGAGCUCUGGUGAGACCACGCCUCCUUCUGAUCAUCAGGUCCCAUUAAAGGGAGAGAGCACAGAAAGUGACUUGGAGGAAGAAGAUGAUGAAGAUGAAGCCAUUGAACUGAGAGAAUGUGAUGAAGAGGGUGCCCCCUAUGGUCAGAUGAACGUGGUACCUUCAGGCAUUUGGAAAUGGCUCCCAAGGAUGAACCAGACUUUUCUGAGGUCUUGGCUGAUUUCUUUUGAUUUUCCCUUGAUGUCAAGCAAAGAGGCACUGAGUUUGAAGUAUUUGGACCAGCAGCAUGUACAGCAACUGAAUGUGUUCCAGGCCUCUCUUUCCAUCACAGGAAUGCCCCACAGACCCCUAGGAAGGGCACAGUCCUCCCCCGUCACUUCUAGUCUUAAAGGAAUGCCCUUGACAGAGAUACCCAUCAAACAUCUUUUCACGACAGGGCUGGUAUAUGACACCUUCAUGCUAAAGCAUCAGUGCAUGUGCGGCAACACAAACAUUCAUCCCGAACAUGCUGGUCGCAUUCAGAGUGUUUGGUCGAGGCUACAGGAAACAGGCCUGCUCGGUCGCUGUGAGAGGAUCAGAGGAAGGAAGGCAACACUAGAUGAAAUCCAAACUGUGCACUCUGAGUACCACACACUGCUGUACGGCACCAGUCCCUUGAACAGACAGAAACUGGACAGCAAGAAACUUCUAGGUCCAAUCAAUCAGAAAAUGUACGCUGUCCUGCCGUGUGGAGGCAUUGGGGUGGACAGCGACACAGUGUGGAAUGAGAUGCACUCGUCAGGUGCAGUGCGUAUGGCAGUGGGCUGCGUCAUUGAGCUGGCAUUUAAAGUUGCCGCUGGGGAACUGAAGAACGGUUUUGCAGUGGUCCGUCCUCCUGGUCACCAUGCUGAAGAAUCCACCGCCAUGGGUUUCUGCUUCUUCAACUCAGUGGCCAUCACUGCCAAACUCCUGCAGCAGAAACUUGGAGUGGGCAAGAUCCUGGUCCUAGACUGGGAUAUUCACCAUGGAAACGGGACCCAGCAAGCCUUCUACAAUGAUCCCAAUGUGCUGUACAUUUCCCUGCAUCGCUAUGAUGAUGGCAAUUUUUUCCCAGGCAGCGGCGCUCCUGAGGAGGUGGGUGUUGGUCCAGGAGAGGGCUUUAACGUCAACGUUGCCUGGACUGGUGGAGUGGAGCCACCUAUGGGUGAUGUGGAGUAUCUCACAGCCUUCAGAACGGUGGUGAUGCCCAUAGCCAAUGAGUUCUCCCCAGAUGUGGUGCUUGUGUCCGCGGGCUUUGAUGCUGUGGAGGGCCACCAGUCUCCCCUGGGUGGAUACAACGUCACCGCCAAAUGUUUCGGCCAUCUCACUAAGCAGCUGAUGAAGUUGGCUGGCGGCCGUGUGGUUUUGGCACUGGAGGGAGGUCACGACCUCACUGCCAUUUGUGACGCAUCCGAGUCCUGUGUGGCUGCAUUGCUUGGAGAAGAGUUGGAUCCUCUACCACUGACUGUCCUUCAACAGAAACCAUGUCCAAAAGCAGCAGCCUCUUUAGAGAGAGUCAUUGAGAUUCAGAGUAAGCACUGGGCGUCUCUGCAGAGGUUGGCUCCUACAGUGGGCCAGUCUCUAUUGGACGCACAGAGACGGGAGAAGGAUGUGGCAGACACUUUGACCGCCAUGGCCUCUCUCACUGUGGACAAUGAUCAGACAAUGACCUCCACAGAAACCAGCAGAUCAGCAGAGGAACCAAUGGAGGAGGAGCCUGUGUUGUAGAAGAGAAAGUAGUACCUCACUGCUCCAACCUUCUUGUCCACACCUGCUUGGCACUGGUCACCCUGACAUCACGCCUCAUGUUACACCUCCCAGCUCUUUGAUUGGCU